UAUUAAACGGUCCCGAAUAGAUUUAUGUCCGAAUUUGUGUUUUAAAAUUAUCUAGGUAGAGUUGCUCAAAUUCUAUUUCCCUCAAGCCCAAUAUUUGUCCUUUGAAAUUCCUCACGAAGCCAUAAACCAGAGCGCACCCCAUUGAAAAUCUUGGUCGUAAAAUCGAUAAACAAUCCACGCCGAGUUUAUUGUUCAAUCUGAGACAACCCAUCAUCCCUUUUCGUAUUUCCAUUUCCCGAUGGCAUUCUCUACCUCCUUUAGCCCCCCCAUUGUUCCUUUCAACACAAAAUCUUUUCAGCCAUUUUCACCUUCUCUGUGUUUCUUGAAACCCCUUGACCAGAAUGUACCUUUGAUGAGCUAUAAGCGCUCAUGUGGAUGUAUGGGGAUACACUGUUCUUCGGAAGUGGGUCCUCCCUCUGACCCCAUGAAUGGCAGACAACAUCAAAUACCUCACAUGGCUCCUUUUAAUAUGACAAUGAGAGAAGUUGCCUUGUCCCAAUCCCAAUCAUCUUAUAAAUGGCGUAGGGUAUUGCUUAAAGUAAGCGGGGAAGCCCUUGCUGGAGAUCAAGAACAGAACAUCGACCCAAAGGUUACAAUGGCUAUUGCAAGGGAGGUUGCAGCUGUAACUCGGCUUGGCAUUGAGGUGGCAAUUGUUGUUGGUGGGGGAAAUAUCUUCCGUGGGGCUUCUUGGGCAGGAAGUAGUGGUCUCGACCGCUCAUCUGCUGAUUACAUUGGGAUGUUGGCUACCGUUAUGAAUGCCAUAUUUCUGCAAGCAACUAUGGAGAGCAUUGGCAUCCCGACACGAGUCCAGACUGCGUUUCGCAUGUCUGAAGUUGCUGAACCAUAUAUACGUAGACGUGCCAUUAGGCAUUUAGAGAAAGGAAGGGUUGUGAUUUUUGCUGCUGGAACUGGUAACCCAUUCUUCACAACAGACACUGCUGCAGCCCUUCGUUGUGCGGAGAUUAAUGCAGAGGUGAUGCUGAAAGCUACAAAUGUCGAUGGGGUCUACAGUGAUAAUCCCAAACAUAAUCCGAAUGCUACCCUUCUUGAAACCAUAACUUAUCAAGAUGUGAUGUCAAGGGACCUUUCAGUGAUGGACAUGACUGCCAUUACAUUGUGCCAUGAGAACAAAAUUCCCGUUGUCGUCUUCAACCUUAACGAACCGGGUAACAUCUCAAAAGCCAUUAUUGGAGAAAGAGUUGGGACGUUGAUCGGAGGGAUGUGAGAAAUUCUGCACUAGAAAGGAUUCUGCACUAGAAAGGGGACAAAGAGAACAUGCUUUAUUAUUUUUAAUUACUGCUAUUGUUUUGGCCUCCCUCUUCGUGGAGAAUUGUGAAAUUUGAGAGCGAUUCAGUUUUGAUACGUGUAUUAAGUUAGGAAUCUGGGAGUGUACUGUUCUUGAGCAUUCAUGGUCACUCGAAGAUAUGAAUAUCAACAGUUGCUUUGAACACAUUUUGUCUUCCUGAAUUAGUUGAGUUCAGAUACGAAAAAAUAUUGGGUCUAAAAUUGUACUAUAAUUUGAGCAUAAGCUUUUUAUGAGAAUUUUUAUGAGGUUAUACGAGUUUGUUAAAAA